ACACACACAUACACACGCGCGCGCACACACACAGUCUUCCUGGCGCAGAUCUAGCGGCUUGGCUUUAUUUCCGCUCCUCCCCGCGUGGCGGCUCAUUUGAUGAAAUUCUUUAACGUGAAUUGUUUAGUUAAAAACGUCUGAGAGCAACGGAGACAGAAGCGGCGCGUGUAACAAUCUCACAACUUGGGAGGUGGUUUCCAGCCCCCAGAUUAUUUAAAGAAAACAGGGUUUGUUGUAAAUUCCAGUCGAUUCUCAGACAGAGAUGGAGACGAGGGCUACCUCGUGCCCGGGCUUUCCUGUACUUCUGUGGACCUGGCUUUUGAUCUUCACUCAAAUUCCGGCGACUGCCAAGGCAGAGAUAACCUGUGCACCUUGCCCAUCGCCAGUUAAAAUAAAGCGAGAGGAGUUACCGCUGGUAAAGCGCGUUAAUUUGGCGGAGACGAGGACAACAUUUUCAAAACAUAUCCCCAAAGAAUCUCGCCUAUCCGCAGAUCUAAAAACGGGAGUAACCGGUGGUACCCUGGUAGCAAACCGUUUUCCCAGGGAUGUGAAGAAACUCGUUAAAGAUGGAAGAGUGGAUGGACUUCUUAGUGAAAUGUCCCCAUACUGGUCACCGCAGGAUGGUGAAAGCAAAAAACUAUCAAUCUCUCAUCAAAAUAACAGGGAGGCGGAAGUAUUUGCCAUUUUAAGUGAUCAAGUAACUCAAAACUCUGCUAACCGCGCAUUCGUCGACACUAAGAAAGAUGCGCACGUUGUGAGGGCAAAACGAAGUGGACCAGAACUGUCCGAAUCAACAAAUGGUGUGAAAAGCCCCUUUCCUGGCGGGGCGCUUUUGGGUGAGGGAAAGAGCGCUGGUAUCUCACUGGACGGGCACAGGCUGAGUUCCGAAUUUAAUUGGAACAGAGACGAUGACAAAGUGACAAACCCUCGGAAAGAUGAACCCAAACUAAUCAGCACCACUUUCCCGCUGUCUGGGGAUUCCGCUCACAACCAAGCAAUGGUGCAUUGGUCUGGACACAACAGCAGCGUGAUCCUCAUACUGACGAAGCUUUACGACUUUAACCUGGGUAGUGUCACUGAAAGCUCUUUGUGGAGGUCCACAGACUAUGGCACCACCUACGAGAAACUCAACGAGAAACUAGGAAGGACAGUGAUGAGUUACCUGUAUGUCUGUCCAACAAACAAGAAAAAGAUUAUGGUGCUCAGUGACCCCGAGGUCGACAGCAGCGUCCUGAUCAGCUCAGAUGAGGGAGCCAGCUAUCAGAAAUUCCGCAUGAACUUCUACGUCCUGAGCCUGCUCUUUCAUCCAGCACAAGAAGACUGGAUUCUGGCUUACAGCACCGAUCACAAGUUGUACAGCUCAGUGGAUUUUGGAAGAAAAUGGCAACUUGUCCAUGAACACGUAACUCCAAACAGAUUUUACUGGUCAGUGAUGGGCCUGGACAAGGAGCCGGAUUUAGUGCACAUAGAGGCCCACUCUGCUGACGGACGGGCACACUACGUGACCUGCAGAAUCGUAAGCUGUUUGGAGUCCGGUAGAAGUUACCCUUUCCCCGGGCACAUCGACACCAGCUCGCUGGUGGUCCAGGACGACUACGUUUUCAUUCAGGUUACCACAGCCGGACGUGCCAGUUACUUUGUAUCCUAUCUGAGGGAACCCUUUGUGCGAAUUAAACUGCCCAAAUACUCCCUUCCCAAAGACAUGCACAUCAUCAGCACGGACGAGAACCAGGUCUUCGCCGCCGUCCAGGAGUGGAACCAGAACGACACGUACAACCUGUACAUCUCGGAUUCGCGCGGCGUCCAUUUCACCCUGGCCCUGGAGAACGUGAAAACCAGCAAAGGGGUGGAGGGAAACAUAAUGGUGGACCUGUACGAGGUAGAAGGAAUCAAAGGAAUUCUCAUCGCCAACAGGAAGCUCGACAACCAAGUGAGAUCAUACAUCACUUAUAAUAAAGGUCAAGAAUGGCGUUUAAUACAAGCUCCUUCAACAGACCUAUCGGGCAAUGACAUUCACUGCAUUUUGCCAUUUUGUUCCCUACAUCUGCAUUUGCAGAUGUCAGACAAUCCCUACAUUUCUGGAAGUAUCUCCACUAAGAGUUCUGCACCUGGAAUAAUCGUGGCAACAGGUAACAUUGGAGCCGAGCUCUCAUACAGUAAUGUUGCAAUGUACAUAUCGUCUGAUGCGGGAAACAGCUGGAAACAGAUUUUUGAGGAAGAGCACAAUAUUUGGUUCCUGGACAAAGGAGGUGCUCUUGUUGCUGUUAUACAGGCAACCGUGCCUGUUCGCCAUUUAUGGAUCAGCUUUGACGAAGGGAAGCACUGGGACAUGCGGAGCUUCUCUCUGGUCCCGCUGUUUGUGGACGGAGUCCUCGUCGAGCCCGGGAUGGAAAACCACAUCAUCACGUUGUUUGGACACUUCAGCCACCGGUCUGAGUGGCAGCUCAUCAAAAUCGAGUACAAGUCCAUCUUUACCAGGAGAUGCACUGAAGGGGACUACCAGACCUGGCAUUUACAUAACCAGGGGCACCCUUGCGUGAUGGGAGAGAAACAGGUCUACCUGAAGCGCAGACCGGGGAACCGCUGCAUGCUGGGAAAGGACUAUUCUAGAAUCCUGUCUGCCGAACCUUGCAUAUGCAAAGCGUAUGAUUUCGAAUGUGAUUACGGGUACGAGCGUCACAGGAACGGGGACUGCUUACCGGCGUUUUGGUUCAACCCAGAGACCAUGUCCAAGAGCUGCAGGCAAGGCCAGAGCUACUUCAACAGCACCGGGUAUCGGAAAGUGGUGUCCAAUAACUGCACUAAAGGGGUGCAGGACCUGUUCGCAGCCCGGAGACAGAGCUGUCCCAACCGCCCCCCCAGGGGGCUCCAGCUGGUGACGAGUGACGGGCGGCUGUCAGCGGCGCUCGGCAACAACGUCACCUUCUUCGUGCAGCUCGAGGACGGGGACUCAAUGAGAACCAAUAUCCAGCUGGAUUUUGGGGACGGAAUCACCGUUUCAUAUUCAAACCUCAGCUGGACGGUGGACGGAAUCAAACACAUAUACAGAUCUGCUGGGAUAUUUCAAGUGACUGCGCUCGCAUUGAACAGCCUUGGUUCGGACAGUAGCACCCUCUACUUGCACAUCACAAGUCCCGUGGCGCGCAUCCAUCUCUCCGCCCCGUUCGUGGCCGUAAGGAACACGGAAGUGAACCUCACCGCGGUGGUCUGGCCCAGCCAGCCCAGAACCGCCGCUUUCUUCUGGUGGUUCGGGAACAGCACGGAGCCAAUAAUAACCCUGGAGGGAAGCAUCCCAUACACUUUUGCUAAUGAGGGAGUGAACACUGUCACGGUCCAAGUGUCUUCAGGGAACACCAUACUUCAAGACACAAAGCAGAUCACUGUCCAAGAAUUCUUCAAAUCUCUUCUUUUAUCUUUCUCUCCUAAUCUGGAUGACUACAACCCAGACAUCCCUGAGUGGAGACAGGAUGUUGGUGUGGUGAUCAAGAAGGCCUUGUUAAAAGUUUGUGACUUCCCCGAAGAGCAGCUUCUGGUGGCUGUGUUUCCCGGGAUACCAACUGCCGCUGAGCUUUUCCUGCUACCACGCAAGAACCAAUCAGAAGGAAGGAAAAAGGGGGAAGAGGAUCUGGUGCAUAUUUCAGAGAUCCUUGUCACUGCCCUGAGCCAGAACCUGGUUGAGUUUGAGCUGAAACCUGGCGCUCGAGUCAUUGUUUAUAUCACACAGCUAACCUUGGCCCCCCUGGUGGACUCCGCCUCCAGACAGAGCAGCUCGGCGAUGCUCAUGCUUUUAUCCGUGGUGGCCUUGGGUUUAGCUGUCUUCUUAAUUUACAAGUUCAAAAGAAAAAUACCGUGGAUCAACAUUUACGCAGAGGUGAACCACGAGAAGGAGCAGGAGAUGAUCGGCUCGGUGAGCAAGCGCGAGAGCAUGCCCAAGAUGGCGCUCGGAGAGUUCCCCGCCUCCAAGGAGCACAUGGAGAAAGAGCGGGAGUCCCGAAUGAGAGCAGGGGGUCUGGGCGUAGCCGGUGGCUGUGAAAACAGAAGAGUAAUCCCGAACUGCACUAGUGUCUAAAACCAAACAGCAGCCUGCUGUCACUCUGCCUUUUUCUUUUUCCAUUCUUUUUU